UGACGCAGCGCGGCUGGAGGAGGGGACGCACGAUUCAGAGACAGAUAUAGAAGCGGGAAUAAUAACCCGUACGGUCUAGUAAAUGACAUACAGCGAGCUGGGACGAAGCGGAAAUAACGGGCUCGCGUGAGACUUCCGUUACAGCCGUCGGUCUUCGUGAAGGAUCCGUGUUUUCCGGCGCGAGCGCAUUCCAGCGGUUGCCUGGGCAAUAUAAUUCAGCCUUGUUUGUUUGUUUGUUUGUUUGUCCUCCCUGGUGGACAUUUCUAAAAACACAAGUGGGAGCAGUGAGGACAGGAAGACAUGGUGGAUUACUAUGACAUUCUGGGAGUUUCACGCAGUGCCUCUCCAGAUGACAUCAAAAAAGCAUACAGGAAGCAGGCUUUGCGGUGGCACCCAGACAAGAAUCCAGACAACAAGGAGGAGGCAGAGAGAAAAUUCAAGGAAAUUGCAGAGGCCUAUGAAGUCCUGUCGGACAGAAGCAAACGAGAAGCAUAUGAUGCUUAUGGCAAAAGUGGCAUGCCAAGCUCAGGCUCUGGCGCUGGCUCUUUUCCUGAUGACUUCCCAGGAUUCACCUUCACAUUCCGCAGCCCAGAUGAGGUGUUUCGGGAGUUCUUUGGAGGCCAGGAUCCGUUUGCUGACUUCUUUGAUGAUUUCUCAUUUGGGGGUAUGCAUGGUGGGACGCGCAACGCUUUUCAUGGACACCAUGGCCCAUCCAGACUUGGGACCAGCCGCUUCUUCUCCUUUCCUUCAGCAGAUGUUGACUUCACCACCUUCUCUUCUUCCUCACUGGGUGGCUUUGGGACCGGAGGUGGGAAUUUUAAGUCCGUGUCCACUUCCACAAGGAUUGUCAAUGGGAAACGUACCACAACAAAAAAGAUCCGAGAGAACGGGCAGGAGAGAACAGAGAUUGAGGAGGAUGGGGUUUUGAAGUCUGUCCUAAUUAAUGGUGUAGAAGAUGAGAUGGCUCUAGCUCUGGAACUCAGCCGCAGGGAGAAGUCUAGCCAGCCUCAGCGGACAGAACAGUAUCGGCUCCCCGCCAACACCGCCCACUCUAAUCUGGCCAAUCGCAGCACUCGGCGCUCCUUCAGCUCCACUCCGUUCUUCAAUUGUCCCAGUGACGACGACGAGGAGGACGAAGACCUGCAGAUGGCACUGGCGUACAGCCUGUCUGAGAUGGAGGCCCAGCAGCGGGCAGCCGCCUCCACCCAGGACAUGAUCUCAGGUGCCAGGGGAGGGCGGGGCAAGCAGCGGAAAGGGAGGGAUGCUUAUCAUAAGCCCAGAUCAGUACAUGAAUCGGUACAAAUCACCUGUUCAUCUCCAGAGGAGAAAGGAACAGGGGGAUUAGAAAGGAGCGUCAGCCCAGAGGGGGUGCUUUUGGAGGAUAGGAAGGGAGAAGAACGAGUUGCCAAUGGUACCGCUGUGAUGAAAAGCAAGAAGAAGUGUCAGUGUGUGGUGUGUUAAGUACGAGUUAGAAGUAAUCCUGAGUCAUAGAACCGAGGGAGGACGCGCUGUUCAACGUUGCUGCAUGAUGUUCUCAGUAACCCUGUUUAUGGCUGCUGUCUUGAUCUUAACCCUAUCUGAAGUUUUCUGUAGCGUGUUGAGAGAUUUUUGCCUGUUUGUCACGGAGUAUAAGCCACGGUGUUAAGACGACUGUUUUUGGUUAGGUUUUUUUUUUUGAGUGUAAACACCAGGACUUGUGCUGAUUUAUCACAGCGAGGAUAGUUCAGCUGACUCAUGGGCUUUAUUUGAAGAUGUUAAUACUUCAGAAACGGCACAGUGUCCUGAAGCAGUGUAAUAACACAUCUAUACACUAAGUAUUUGUUUCAUACUAAGUUGUUUGGUUUAUAAUUCGUUUGGGUUGUUUACUGUUGGCUUAUUUUGACUUCUAUAAUACUGAACACUCACACGAUGCUGAACAAUGAAGUUGACUUAAAGGAACAGUCCACCGUAC